AAACAACCUAGCUUCAUUGCUGCUUAUGCUUGCUAAUUAUGGAGUCUCAAAGAAUCCAGAGCCGUUGAGAUCAUGGGUCUGCUAUAAGGAAGGAGUCCGGUCUAGGGCGGACCUUUUUGCCGCUGGACUAGUCUGGUUUACCAUAUUUGACUAGUAUGGGUGCUUGAUUUCUACAGAGUUAAGGUUCAAGUUACUCUUACUUAAAUGAGACUUAAUAGCAAUACUAAGAGAAGGAACGGUGAGAAAGAAAGAAAAAUAAACUGCUUAGCUGAGGAAACCUG